AUGAUGGAAACUGAAUCUUGCCCUUCACGGGUUUUAUCACCAUUCCGUGAGGAGAGUGGGGAUGAGGAGCUCUCUGUUCUUCCGAGGCAUACAAAGGUUAUUGUGACUGGUAAUAAUAGAACUAAGAGUGUUUUGGUGGGGCUGCAAGGCGUUGUCAAGAAGGCGGUUGGCCUCGGUGGAUGGCAUUGGCUGGUUUUGAAGAAUGGGGUUGAGGUGAAGCUCCAAAGGAAUGCUCUGAGUGUGCUGGAACCUCCAACUGGAAAUGAAGAAGACGAUGAUUAUGAUUUUGACGAUUCUAGCAGUGGUUCUGAUAUUGCUUCUGGCUUUCAAUUCAGCAAGAUAAACAAACCACAAGCUCGGUAUAGUAGACCAUGGUCUCCAAUGAAGUCUGUCAACCGCAAUAGUUGCAGAGAAGUUCAGUUCAAAUGCCAUACAGCCCAACUGAGAGUGAAUUUAUCGAAGCUUGGAACUGGAUCCCUGUGGAGAUACUGGCGGAGCUUCCAUCUCGCACAUGUUAGUCGUAACCCUACCAAGGAGCAGCUGGUCAGUGCUAUCCAGCAGCAUUUUUCUUCACAGGUAUGUAUGCAUAUUCACACACACACACAAUCAAGAAGAGAGUAUCAUCACAGUCACAAAGUUGAAGAAAAUGAAGUAAUGUAACAUGUUGCGUUUGUGAAUAUAACACAGCAUGUGGAUGAGGUACAAGUGAUUGUGGAUUUUAUCCGCACAGCCAAGCGAUUACAACCGGUUGGCAUAAAUUGAGUGAGAUAUAUGCCUCUUUACCUGUAAUAUAUAUGUGUAUGUAGUAACUACUCUAGCUUUCACCUUUAAUUAACUGCUAAUUUCAGAGAUCAGGUAUGUAUGUGAGUUUUAACUUAUUCCUAGUCUCACAACCCUAACCUUGUAUCUUCACAUUAAUAUUAUCCUCCACAAUUUUCUAAUAUUUGAAGUUAACCCAA